CAAGGAGGGCGGGGCUGGGGUGCCACCUCCUCUGCAUCGCCGGGGCCGGACUCCUAGAACCCAGGGCCCGCAGGGGUCCCCGUGGCCGCCGCGAUGCAAAAAUACGAGAAACUGGAGAAGAUUGGGGAAGGUACCUAUGGAACCGUGUUCAAGGCCAAAAACCGGGAAACCCACGAGAUUGUGGCUCUGAAGCGAGUGAGGUUAGAUGAUGACGAUGAGGGUGUGCCAAGUUCAGCCCUCCGGGAAAUCUGCCUUCUCAAGGAACUGAAGCACAAAAACAUUGUCAGGCUUCAUGAUGUCCUGCAUAGUGACAAGAAGCUGACGUUGGUUUUUGAGUUCUGUGAUCAGGACCUGAAGAAAUAUUUUGACAGCUGCAAUGGUGACCUGGAUCCUGAGAUAGUGAAGUCAUUCCUCUUCCAGCUGCUGAAAGGCCUGGGAUUCUGUCACAGCCGCAAUGUGCUUCACAGGGACCUGAAGCCCCAGAAUCUGCUCAUAAACAGGAAUGGGGAGUUAAAAUUAGCUGAUUUUGGCUUAGCUCGGGCCUUUGGAAUCCCAGUCCGCUGUUACUCAGCUGAGGUGGUCACGCUGUGGUACCGCCCACCGGACGUCCUGUUUGGGGCCAAGCUGUACUCCACAUCCAUUGACAUGUGGUCAGCCGGCUGCAUCUUUGCAGAACUGGCCAAUGCUGGGCGGCCUCUCUUCCCUGGCAAUGACGUGGAUGACCAGCUGAAGAGGAUCUUCCGACUGCUAGGGACACCGACGGAGGAGCAGUGGCCCGCCAUGACCAAGCUGCCAGAUUAUAAGCCCUACCCAAUGUACCCAGCCACGACGUCCCUGGUGAAUGUCGUGCCCAAGCUCAAUGCCACAGGGAGAGACCUGCUGCAGAACCUGCUGAAAUGUAACCCUGUGCAGCGCAUCUCAGCGGAGGAGGCCCUGCAGCACCCGUACUUCUCUGACUUCUGCCCUCCCUAGGCUCUGGGACCCUGGGCUGCCGGGCUGGGGCCUGGUCUAUUUAAGUCUCCCUUCUCAGAGGGGCAGAAGCAUGGGGUAUGGGGUGCCGAGCACCAGCUGUGCUGGGUCAAGCCAGGGUGGAGGUACCCUGGCCAGUGCUCUUCAGCUCCCUUAAUGGACUUUAUUUAAUUUCAUAAACUGGCUCCUUUCCCACAGUCUGCUGAUAUGGUGGUGGGGUGGCUCUGAAGGGUGCUGGGGCCCCAAUUAUGCCUUAUCACCCUCUACAGCCUUGCUUCCAGCUUGGGCAGCCAGGUGCCAUUGCUUGCCUCUCUUAAGUGGCCUGAGACUAGGGACAGGAGGCUCUGACUCCCCCUGCCCCCUGCUAAUCUCACACCUCUUACCUGGGGUCAGAACAACCCCUGACUCCACACAUGCCCUUGUACAUUCAUGAACACAUUUUCCCUGUGUAGGGAAGGUCCAGCCAGUCUCGAAGGAUAAAGCAGGCAGCCUUUGAGAGAAAGCUGGGCUUCCUCCAGAAUGAGGAGAGAAAGGCUGUACCUCUCUCUGUGUCUCUACACCCCAUGUGGUCCCUUCUACCUCUAUUCCCUUAUACACAGUGCUGUAGGCCAGGCCAGGCAAGGCUCAGAGCUGUAGGUCCACGGGAGCACCUCCUCCCCUAUUCCUGUUCUCCAGUUUUCCAAUGGCUGAGUUACAGUGAAAGACGGAAAAUAGGCCUGAGGCAGAGGCCCAGUGGUGCCUUUCCGGAAGGAAUGGGCUCCUCUAGCUCAGCCUUUCAGCUCCUGUGAAGAGGUUAGAAAGGCAAGAUCUGUCUGGUAGAGAUGGGCUGUGUGUCAUACUUGGUCUCAAAUGUGAGAAAAGGAAUCAGGACCUUUGAAGGCAGGACACCAGCUUGUACUUUUGAUGUAGAGUAAUGCCCAUGGUGUCCCCCUGCCUCCCCUGACUUCCUGCUGAGCUCUGGUUAGAGCUUUGUUCCAGCUGUACACCGCUGGUUCAGUUAGGACUUGCUGACCAGGCCCCUUCUAUGCCAUCUCACCUGAGUUCUGCCUGUGGAGACCUGUCCCUUUCCUAAGAUGUUGGUAGGAACCAGGCAUAGUGGUACAGGCUUGUGAUGUCAGCAAUUCGGGAGGCAGAAGUAGGAGAGCUACAGGGUUAGUGUAGGCUAGAGUGAGUUCAAGGCCCUUCUCGGCAACUUUAGCUUAGUGAGACUCAGUCUCCAAAUAAAAAAUUCAAAACAA